AUGGGCAGCAAGAAAAAGGAAAUUGCCCUGCAGGUCAACAUCAGCACCCAGGAGCUUUGGGAGGAAAUGCUCAGUUUCAAAGGACUAACUGUUGUUGAUGUCUAUCAAGGCUGGUGCAGCCCCUGCAAACCUGUGGUGAGCCUGUUCCAGAAGAUGAGGAUCGAAGUGGGCCUGGACCUUCUGCACUUUGCAUUGGCAGAGGCAGACUGUCUUGAUGUCCUGGAAAAAUACCGCGGGAAGUGUGAGCCAACCUUUCUGUUUUAUGCAAUUAAAGAUGAGGCGCUUUCUGAGGAAGAUGAACAUUUUUCCCACGAAAAGGACGAUGGUGAAGAUGAGGGUGCGGUUUCAUCAGAGAAGACCUGUACCUUGGCAAUCAUUAAACCAGAUGCAGUGGUCCACGGAAAGACUGAUGAGAUUAUUAUGAAGAUCCAGGAAGCUGGGUUUGACAUUUUAACAAGUGAAGAGAGAACCAUGACAGAGGCAGAAAUGCGACUCUUCUACCAACGCAGAGCCGGAGAGGAGGCAUUUGAAAUGCUGGUACAUUACAUGUGCAGUGGCCCGAGCCACCUCCUGAUCCUCACCAGGACUGAGGGCACCGAGGAUGUUGUCACUGCCUGGCGAACCCUCAUGGGACCCUGUGACCCCGACGUGGCAAGGAGGGAGCAACCUGACAGUCUCCGCGCUCAGUACGGCACAGAAAUGCCCUUCAAUGCGGUCCAUGGAAGCCAGGACGGAGGAGACGCCCGCCGAGAACUGGCUCUGCUCUUCCCCGGCUUUAAGUUUUCAGAACAAGUUCCAGAAGCCCCUCUGGCUAAAACAGCACUGAGAAGUUCCAGAUGAGCAAGCCUAAAAGUGUUCCUCAAACUACUCGUUUAAUAUUUGUAUUAUAAAUGAUAGCAGUGCGAGAAGAUCUGACAGAUGUACUCCUGGGUGUAGCGGGACCUGCUAAGCAGUGCCAUGAGGUGUGGUAUCACCGUAGCAUCCUGGAGUUGAAGAGAAGGAGAGCACAGCAACAAGGAACUUAGACACUGUGGAGUACAUCUAACACCCUGUUUCCAUGAAAUGAGAAAGGAAUUAAAAGUUGAAAGGAUAUUUGAAAUGAACCACAGGUGGAAAGGAGACUACACUCAAGCAUCCUUGCCAAUGCUGUCAAGAGUCCUAGAGCUAUGCUUCUCAUGGAUGAAUGUGCAUGCAAAUUCCAAGAAGAAACUUUGGUGUGCACAUUAUGACCCUGUCGGUCUGGAGUAGGACCUAAGAUCGUGCAUUCUAACUAGCUCCCAAAUGACUAGUGCUGGUCCAUAAAUCACACUUUGACAACAGAAAACAGAAGGCAAGGAAGAAAACUUAAAGAAAAGAAUGCCCAAGAUAUAUAAAAACUAAGUAGAAAAAGAGAAGGCUGUUGGUUCGCAUGUAGAAUCUU